AUGGGACAAGUUCACACGUCCUUGUCGCGCAACAAGAAGCUCAAGGUCGCCCAUGACGAUCUUGAGAUGGACAGCGUCGACAUCGAGACCACGUCUGGGGUCAUGCAGUGGUGCGCAGAUGUCAUGAGGUACACUGAGAACGCCGUCGACGGUACAAGCGACGAUACGCACGCAUAUCGUCUUCUCCAGUGGCUACAAAUGGCCCCAGAUAUUUUUGCAUGCGCUGACAAGAUCAUUCAAGGUCACCUCACGAAGAUCAGUCAAGUCCAGUACGGCGCAACCAAGCACAACCAAGCUCAGAGUCUUGUCGCAACCCCAAAGCACUCCGAAGAUUACAUCGACAACAUGUCGGCAGUCGUUGUGUAUGGCGAAGGCGACACGCUGGCAUCCAUGCCCAAGGAAGCGUCCAGCACCGACACCAACAAAAGAAACGUUGCAGGCACGACGCAAGGCGACGACGACCUUGGCAUGGCCGACUAUGUGUGCCACGGUAGCCAAGACGACUUGGGCAAUGCACCAAUAACGGAAGCAAUGACUGCGGCACGCUCCAGCAUGGACCCCACCAACAACAGAGGCCUCUUCGAAAAAGGCCAUCUGGCCAUGGCCGCCACGAUCGAGCGACGACUCGCACCCGACGCCGUCGAAGCGAUUGCGACCUUCCUCCGCGACGCCGACGACCUCUUCGCGCUCCUCCAUGCGCUGCCACCAAGCCUCUUGACAGACGCGCUCACGAGCCUGCUGGCGCUAGCGGCCACGACACCGCGCCGCCACCUCUGGCCGACGACCAAUGGCCUCCUCGCGUCCCUGCGCGACCACCCGGACCGCGUGCGGAACGUAGCCCGCUGCAUGGUGUUGUACCUGGUCGUGACCUUGCCUGACCUCGACGACGCCUGGCUCGUCCCGCUCGGACCCGCCACGAGCGUCCGCAUCACGCUCGUACUGCCGCAGCACGUGGCCAUCGCAGCGUCGCUUUCGCUGCGCAUCGUCUCGCUGGACCUUUGCUUCGCCAGCGGUACGCACCUGUACGACUGCAACGUCGCAGCGCGCGAAGUCGAGCAGCUUUGCGCGUGGCUACCGACACUGCCGCAUCUGGUCCGGGUGCGCCUUGCGUCAAAGUCGACAAGCAUGACUGCCGUCCUCGCCGCAGUCGUCGCCUCCCGCGCCACCGAGCUCGAGCUGGCGUCGACAUUGGGCGAUCCAUGGAUAGUGACAACAGCGCUCACAACAUGGCUGGAGCGCGGUGACGCGACGGCACUGACCGUCACGGCAGGAGUCUCUCUCCUGGGCACGAACGAGCUCGUACUGGCGCUCGUGUCGCUGCGCAGGCUGCGCUCACUGCGCGUCGAGGCCACGUCCUUGUCCCAGCAGCUCUGCCACCCCGACUAUGCAUGGCCACCAUCGCUAUGCUCGCUCCACCUUGCAUUUGGUAGCUUGUACAACUUUCGCAAGCUCGCGCAUCGGCUGGUGAGCUGUCCACGCUUGUCCUCGUUGACGCUAUCGGCGUCAGCCUCCACGAAGCUGGGUCCAAUGCAUUUUUAUCGUGUUGUCUCGGAGGCGCUACCAGCACUGCACCAGCUGCGGUCGCUUACGUUGACGUCGUGGCAUCUCAUGCCGUCUUGCAUCGAUAGCCUCGUUCGAGAGGUGCUUCCACGGCUACACGAGCUGUCCCUUGACGACAACGACCUCGGGGACGACAACGCGGCAGUGCUUGCACGUAUCUUGACUCGCGGCUCGUCGCUCUGUUCCUUGCGACUCGUGCGUCAGCGUGUGGGUGAUACGGUGGCGCUGGCGCUUGCAGGCGCGCUCCCAACGUGCACGUCGCUUCGCCAGCUGUACUUGGGCAGCAACCGCAUUGGCUCUGUGGGCGGAGUCGCGCUGGUGCAGGCACGUCCAGCGUCGCUGCGCCUUCUCGCGCUCAACAAGAACGCGCUCUCGCGUAGCAGUGUCCUCGACCUGGCGCAGGCAGCGACGCAAAGACCAAGCUGGCCUUUCACGAUGGACCUGUCGUCAGCGUUGUCGUCGGCCGCUGACCGCGCCGCGUGCCGGUCGAUCGUGCACUCGCUAGUGCCACCCCACAUUGUCGUGCAUCUCUAGUCGAGUGGACGUUUGUGUCCACUAUUUUUGCUCGUAAUUUUGAUAUUUUCAACAUUUCGUGCUAUUUUGGAUCCAUUUGUCGACAAAGAUGACUGGAAUCUGUACACUA